CCCCGCCUGGAGCGCAGGGGAAGGGGAGAGGCACAGCCCGUGCUUAAAUGGAGCCCGGGCAAGAGGCCGUGGGUGGCGGCUCCGGGUUGAGAGGGUGGGCACUGUUAAGGUCACCUGGAGCCGCUGUGAACGCGGAGGAUGGGACAGGACUCACUGCUGUGCCAAGUGCCCGGGCUCUGUGCCCCGCUGGGCUACGGCUGCCGCACACGGAUUCAGCCCCUUGACAGCAAAGGAAGGCUCGCGUUUACUGAAACUGGGCUAGUGAAGUGUGCGCACAGAGAUGUGUGCCUUUCGUAACUGCGGAGUUGGGAUGGAGUCUCAGUAUCUGAAGCAAUGCCUGGGAAGUUGCUUGAAGAAGGGGCUGGCAGAGGUUGUAGAGCGUCGGCCAGCAGAUCCAAUAGAGUACCUUGCACACUGGAUUUACAACUACAGAAGAAGCUUAGAUGAAGGAGAAAAGAGAGUGCUGGAGAGAGCUGCGCUGGAACAAGAACGGGAGGCAGCCCGAGCAGAACUUGAAAGAUUAAAAAUCCAGGAAGAAGAACAGCGGAAACUUGAGGAACAACGUCAGGCUCAGUUGGAGAAAGAACGUGCAGAGUUGGAAGCACAGAUUAAAGAGGCUGAAAUGCAGUUGCAGCAGGAAGAUCAAGAGGAAAAUGAAGAGACAAUAGCUGAAGAUACAGAUAGACCUGGAACACCUACUUCAUCCCAAGCUGAGGAGCCAAAUGAGAGUGAACCGAGUCAAACAGUAUCAGAAGAAGAAAGUUAGAGCUGACCUGAGAGCAGUAAAUAGAUUUUCUACUCAUUACUUGCUGACCCUGAAGUGUAGUAUCUUGAUUUAUGUGUUUUAUAAAUAGAACAAAUUUACAUACCUGUUUUUCCAGUGUCUGUUUUUAAGGUGUUUGUAUGAAGUCUGUUAAUUCCAACACUGAUUCUUCCUUUUUGUUUUUAAACUAUUGUAGCUAACAUGGCUUAAUUGCAGGAAGAAAACUGCAGCUGAAAUGAAAGGAGCAAAUAUAUUUUUUACUUUUGCAUAUUGAGGUAACCAUAAUAAAUACAAAAUAUAACUAAUGUGUCAAUAUAAUUUGAGGAUAGAUGCUACAAUAUGAUAGUUUGAAUCAAUAUUAAAAGAAUAAAAUAUUUUUGAAAAUGAUUUUCUGAGAAUUUGAAUGGUUUCUGAUAGAAAACAGGAAUGCUCUACAGAUUAAAAGAUGCUGAGAGUAUCCUGGACAUUAAACUUGGUGCAAAAAUCCAAUCAGAUUUCCCAAAUAUAUUUGAAAGAGGUAAAUUUAGCUCAGACUCAGUAUGUGCCAGAAGAUCUUGUCUCCUAGAAGUCGUGAGGUGGACUUUGUAGCACGAGGUGUUUGCUCUAGGCUUUAUUAUUAGAUAAAUAUAUUUAUUGUUAGAUUUAUUAUUUGAACUUUUUUGGGUAUUGUGUGCUACCCGGUAAGCUGCAAGUGUCUGCAUAUUAGUUUUGAUUAGUCACGUUUUUAAAACUUUUCUGCAUUUUUCUUGAAUUUGUAAAUGAAAUUAAAUCUGUGUUGUCUUCUAAAUACUGUUAUUAUUUCUUAAAACUUCACUUCUAAAAAUUUAGAAUGUUUAGCUUGAUCCAUAGUUAUCUAUAAAAAUAAGUUUUGUUAUCUACAAUAAUUCUGAUUGGUUUACAAUUUCUAUGGUAGUCAAAACCUUUCCUAUGGCAUGAAUACACCCCUGUGGCCGAUGUGCCAGUGAACAGAUUUUGACAUAGUUUACCAUUAUAUUUGUUAGUAGCUGUUACAAUAGAAUCAUUUAAGGACACACUUUGAUACCACAGUUCUAAAUACACCUGUUAACACUGCAUGCACAGCAGCUUUUUGUGCAAAUCUCUAAGGGAUGGAGUAAAUGGAUAAACAGCUGGAAUUUGUCUUUUAAACCAAUAUGUAUAACUGAUUCUUAAUAUUUAGAUUAACACUCUCAAAAUGUCCAUUUACACUUAAUGUCCAGUCAUGUCGACCAUGAAAAUGUAAACCAUCAUACAGCCUUCAAAAGGUAAGACACUAUUUUAAAACAUGCUAAAAAUUAAUUCUAAUGGCAUGUUGCUUUCAUUUUCUUAUCCGUUCAUACUGCUUGUAUCUUUGUUUGAUUUUGUUGUGUGUGUCCACUAGAGUGCAUCCUAAAUAAACACACUGGGAGCUCUGUCAAUGAGCUACAACUAUGAAAACUACAUGAAAA